AGUUUUCAGUUUUGGUCAAUUUAGACUUAAAAUUGUAGGUUUUGUAUCUAAUGAUUCAUUACAAUGAAGUACAUUGUUUUGUUGAUUUUAAACAAGCUCAUAAAAAACGGAGUGCACGAGAUACGAGAUAGGAAUCGACCUUGAACUUCGACCCACGGAUGGAGGUCGCCUGACGAGUCGGACAUGAGUAUGGAGGCUGCCUUACACUUGUCGCCGGAAAUAAUUGAGUUGCAGAGAAGAAAGUAGUUACAGAGCAGGGGAUUCGAAGGUGUUAUCACUUUAGCAGUCUAGAGAGUAAAAGAAGCUACUAGCAACAGAAGAUUCUCCUUAGUUUAGUUUACCUCAUUUUAAGCAGAAAUGGCCGAAAAGGCUUGUGUAAAGCGCUUGCAGAAGGAAUAUAGAGCACUGUGUAAAGAACCUGUUUCAAAUAUUGUUGCCCGUCCUUCUCCAAAUAACAUUCUGGAGUGGCAUUAUGUGUUAGAAGGGAGUGAAGGAACACCGUUUGCAGGCGGGUAUUAUUAUGGCAAGAUCAAGUUUCCUCCUGAAUAUCCAUAUAAACCUCCAGGGAUCAGGAUGACUACUCCUAAUGGCCGAUUUAUGACAGAAACAAAAAUAUGCCUAUCUAUGAGUGAUUUCCAUCCAGAGAAUUGGAACCCUAUGUGGUCGGUCUCAAGUAUUCUCACCGGAUUGCUCUCAUUUAUGAUGGAUAAUAGUCCAACGACGGGAGGUGUGACAACAACUGCUUCUGAGAAAGUAAAACUUGCAAAGGCUUCUCUCGCUUUCAAUUGUAAAAACGUCACUUUUAGGAAGUUAUUUCCAGAAUAUGUGGAGAAGCAUCAACAACAACUUCAAACACAGUCUAUCUCAGAUUCACCACAUCUACCGCCCACACAGCAAGAAAAUUCCCGGGCUUUGGAUGAUUUGAACAGGGGAGAUUUGAAUGAAGUAGAGCCUCAACAAGUAAUUAGAAACAGAAGGAAACCUCCUUUCCCAGCUUGGGUGUUGAUACUGCUAGUAUCUGUUUUUGGUGCUGUGAUGGCAUUGCCACUUCUGCAGCUUUCAUGAUUUUCACAAUUGAUAUUUUUCAUUCAAGUUUCUUCUGAGUACUGUGGUGGGGGUAAUGUCCUUAACGUCCUUGAAUUAUUAUGGACUUAUUCUCAUGGUUUGUGUAGGGGUCAUCCUGUUUAGGUCACUUGGUCAUGGCUUGAUAUAUGUUGUACAAAUUUAUUGCUAACAUUGGCUCCACCAAUAGCAAAGGUAUUUACUGCCAAGGCUGUAAAUGGACAUGAUGUUCGACGUACAACUUGUGUUUGGGCCCGAUUAGUGUUAUUCCAUGAUCUUUUGAUUAGUUAAGUGAAUACUCUGUAUAAACGGGACUUGUUUUAGUGUUUCUUACCUAAACAACAUAGUUUGAACCACUGAAAUCUUGUUAGAUUAACG